AUGGCUCAGAACUCUCCUGGAUAUACAUCAAGCGAGGUCUCUGUACAUGACUCUCCUCGCCCUGGUCCUGGACCUCGUCCCACUCCCAUAUCGCUACGCAACCGACCAGCAAUGCCACGAAACGCCGUCAUGAGCCGAGAGCACCCACCCUUAUACGCUGGGGACUUCAACAACAACCUAUCCAGUGACAAGUACUGGUGGGAGAAGUUAAGCCCAGACAAGCCCGAAGAGAAGCGUGUGCUCCUCGCAAUGUACUAUGGCGAAGAACGCCAACCUCGAUGCAACGUUUGCGAGUUGCAAAAUCGCGCUUGCAUGUGGUUCCUCGGAGAAGAGGAUCAAGCCAACAAGAGUUGUGUCAAGUGUCGUCGUGUGCAUGCUACUUGCAAGACUGUAGGAAGUACAGAUGUGAGUAUCGAUGAAUCAGACGAUCGUAUCGGUAAGCAAAGCGAACUUCCACGCAAACGGAAAGCGAUCGAUCUUGGAGAGGCUGCAAAACGUCAGAUACCCGACAAGCGAACCCGAUCCUCCCUCAGGACAGACGAGAAUAAAAAAUCUACCUGUGAGGACGUUGAAGUAAUCUCAGUCAAGACAUUACUUCCCAGCAAUCGACACAUCAGGAUCCGUGAAUCAGCGGUCAUGAACUCCUCUGUGACCCCUUCACGUUUAGGUUCAGAGUUGAUUGACUCGGACUUCUCUCUUGACGAGAAAAGUCGAUUCGGCACUCGCAAAGAUCGGCCAUUAGUCGUCGACCUUGAUGAUCCGCGUGAUUCCAGCUGCACAUUGGGCAGAGACAUACGAUGCUCGCAGGAAGCGAGUGACUCCCAGGUCCAGUCGCACGUCCAACAAUCUCCUUCGCAAGACGCAUUGCCCGGACUGGACCAAAUCAAGAACGGACUUUACGCACUCAUCGACCAGAGACACAAGACGGAGCUUGAGAGUCUCAAAGCACAAAUAGUAGCUUUGCGUGUCGAUUGCACGAACAAGGCUCCUGAUGCGCAUGAUGUCGACUAUGGUCAACAACUAAAGAGGAUGCACAUUGACCUCGAGACGGAGAGAGCCAGCAGACGGCGCCUAGAGGCCGAAAACUUGCGUCUCAAGAAUAGGAUGGCUCGGAUCGAGGAAGGGCAGGAGACAAGCAUGGAUGACUUGCAAGACCAGAUCAGGCAGUUGAGAGAGGACAUGAAUUCCAGACUUUAG